UUUUGGUCGGGGGACAACUUUCUCUCAUUUUGUCACUUUUUCUAUCGUCGUGUUUUGUCACUUUUCCCUCAGGGUGUGUGUCAGAAAAUAUCCAAAAUCUUUAUAGCCUCGUAUCUCCUUCAAUUCUUGACGGUUUGA